AUGUCUGCCAUCUUCAAUUUUCAGAGUCUGUUGACUGUAAUCUUGCUGCUUAUAUGUACCUGUGCUUAUAUCCGAUCCUUGGUACCCAGUCUCCUGGACAGAAAUAAAGCUGGGUUGUUGGGUGUAUUUUGGAAGUGUGCCAGAAUUGGGGAACGGAAGAAGCCUUAUGUUGCAGCAUGCUGUAUCGUGAUGGCCUUCAGUAUCCUCUUCCCCACACCUUAG